UGAACCCGUAAGCUUUCUGUCCUUGUUUGGCAGGUGAUGAUGGGAUGGACCAACCUUGCUGAAGCAUUGAGAUGGGUAUAAAACCUCUCGAAGGUCAUUCUCAUUCCUAUUCCCCAUCUCACACCCUCUUGCUCACCAUCUUGGUGGAAGAAUGGCUCCUAAAAAAGCUGAACCGAAAAAGGAGGCGGUAAAGCCAGCACCUCCUCCUGAACCAGAAAAACCCAAGGAACCUCAGUUUGACCCCAAAAGCAUUAAGAUUGAGUUUACAGCUGAUCAGAUUGAAGAAUUUAAAGAGGCCUUCAUGCUAUUCGACAGAACUCUUUCUGGUGAAAUGAAGAUCACUUACGCCCAGUGUGGUGAUGUCAUGAGGGCAUUGGGUCAGAAUCCUACAAAUGCAGAGGUGCUCAAAGUACUUGGCAAACCCAAACCUGAGGAAAUGAACACCAAGUUGAUUGACUUUGAGACGUUCCUGCCUAUGUUCCAACACGUGUCCAGGUCCAAAGAUCAAGGCACUUUUGAGGACUUUGUUGAGGGCCUGCGGGUGUUUGACAAAGAAGGGAACGGCACUGUAAUGGGCGCCGAACUUCGCCAUGUACUUGCAACAUUGGGUGAGAAAAUGACAGAAUCAGAGGUAGAACAGCUGAUGGCAGGACAGGAAGAUGGAAACGGCUGUGUCAACUAUGAAGCAUUUGUUAAACACAUCAUGGCUGGAUGAAAGAGCUCAGAUCAGGCACUACUGUCCUCUGCAGUUAUCAACAGUCCUUCAGCCCAGCUCUACGCUCUCUAAUGCCCUUGAACUAGUUUUCCUGUAUGAGAUUCUUGUUGCACAGAUUUUCUACUACAUCAAACUAAACAAUUAUUUUGUAAUGCAUUGCAAAGAGCAAACUCCCUCCAAGUGUAUGUUGAAAUGUAACAAUGUUUACUUCCAAUGCAUUUGUUGGUAUAUUAGGCUACUGAAUGCUUGUAACAUUACAGAAACUUAUGUCAAUGAUUUUUUUUAUGUGUCAGUGCACAUCCACAAAGUCUAAAACUCACUGUCAGUUGGUAUAAAAAUAAACAAACAUCGAAAUUAAA